AUGAACUUUGUCCAAAACAUACUCUGGAACAGCAUCGAAGGCUUCGUCGAAGCCGGAACCCGCAGCGUUGGCGAGUAUGCGGGGGAUGCCCUCAUCAAAGCUGGCGAUCUCAUCGAGAACUCGGGAAGGGGUGUUGGCGAAAGCAUCGAACGCACAGCGUCCGCCUACGGGCAGAAGAUCGCCGGUCAGGGAUACCAGCCCGGUCCCAAGGCCCUCCCAGCUCCAUCGAAGAAGAUAGCCGUCAAGCGAUCCAGUUCGAUGCCUGCUGUAUCGACAGCGACGCGGAAAGCUCCUGUCGCAUCGAAAAAGGCUCUCCCUUCGGCAAAGACUGCGACGAACCAGAUCAGAAGAGGGCUCUCAGUUUCCGACGCUAAGACCACUGCGAGAGGAGAAGCGCAGAAGACGGCGGUGACGGCGCGGAAAACGGCCACAAGAGGAACUGUGACGAAGACGUCAACCCUCCCAAAGCCGUAUCCAAACAACGUACCCCACGGCGCCAGCAUCACACCUUCGUCUACGAAGAAGUCCAGCGCUGAUGCCUCCAAAUCAAAGAAUCUCCCGAAGCCUUACCCACGGAGCAACACUCCUUUCUAUCCCACGGAGAAGAAGACUCCCGUUACACCCAGUCGACCAAAACCGUUCAUUGUCGAGAACAGGACGCUAGGAGGAGCCGCCGGUGGGGAGAAGAACAAGGAUGGGACGAACAGGUAUACACGACAGGCUGGUAAGACGUCCCUUCGGCCGCUGACAUAUGGGCCCACAGCGGAAAAGGGAAAGAUGGAGCAUAUUCCCCUCAGUGCAGUGGGGUCAAAGAUGGGGGAGAGGGAGGGUGGAAGAAGGGGCGGACAGGUUGGAGGUGGGGGAGGUGAGGUGCAGCAUAUUCCUGUUGUAUAG